CCGAGCAGCGCGGCCAUGGCCGAGGGCCAGAAACGACGGAGCUUCAAGAAAUUCAAGUUUUUCAAGUUCAAAGGCUUUGGGAGCCUGAGCAGCAUCCCCCGCUCCUUCACCCUCCGGCGCACCUCUGUGGACCCUGAGAGUCUCAGAUCACAUCUCCCACCUUCCCAUGGCUUCCUGGGAGAGCCCUUUGACAGCACCCAGGAUGAUCUCAACACCGUGCCCAAGAGCCCUGGCUCCUAUGCCCAGUCAUCCAACAUGUACUCCCACAUGGGCACCAUGCCCAGGGUCAACCUGGGCAAGGCAGGGAAGAGCCUGGGCAAAGACAAGAGCAGCCAGAACUGCUGGGACAAAGGGACUCCCAACAACAAAACCCCUCAGACAGCCCCGGUCCCCUCAAGCCUCAAGUGCCCUGACGUGUCCAGCAGCCCUGACCCUGGCACAGACUCACCCUCAGCUGCUGGAGAAGCAGAGCAGGAGGAGGAAAAAGCUGAACCUGGGGAGGCAGCAAUGGCCAGGACAGACCAGGAGCCUGUGGGAAAUGUCUCCUGCCCUGGGACAGAGGCACCGAGCUCCAGCCUGGCUCCAAACCCCAGCCAAACCACAAGCCCUGACACAGCAGCUGGAGCAGACACCACUGAUGGGGAUCUGCUGGAAAAGGGACAAGAGCAUCCUGACAAGAUCUCCCCAGACAGCCACCACGAUGGCCUGGAGUCUGGCAGUGAAUACGUGAAGUUCUCCAAGGAGAAAUACAUCCUUGACUCAUCUCCAGAAAAGCUUCACAAGGAGCUGGAAGAGGAGCUGAAGCUGAGCAGCACCGACCUGCGUAGCCAUGCUUGGUACCACGGCCGCAUCCCCCGGGAGGUGUCCGAGAGCCUUGUGCAGAGGAACGGUGACUUCCUGAUCCGCGACUCGCUCACCAGCCUGGGUGACUACGUGCUGACGUGCCGCUGGCGCAACGAGCCGCUGCACUUCAAGAUCAACAAGGUGACGGUCAAGUCCAGCGAUGGCCACAGCCACGUCCAGUACCUCUUUGAGCAGGAGAGCUUCGACCACGUGCCUGCCCUGGUGCGCUUCUACGUGGGGAACCGCAAGGCCAUCUCGGAGCAGAGCGGCGCCAUCAUCUACUGCCCCAUCAACCGCACCUUCCCCCUGCGCUACCUGGAGGCCAGCUACGGGCUGGCCAACGGCAAGCACGGGGGAGCCCACAGCCCCUCCAGCCAGAAAGGGCACAUCAAGAGGAGGAGCAUCACCAUGACAGACGGGCUGACCGCAGACAAGAUCACCAGGGCUGAGGGCUGCCCAACCAGCGUGUCCCUGCCCCACCACAGAGACAUCAUCCGCAACUGUGCUGUCAGCGUGGACCAGAUCCAAGACCUGCACUCCCCCAUGUCCCCCAUCUCUGAGAACCCAGUAUCACCUGCCUACAGCACAGUCACACGGCUAAAGCCACAUGCCUGCCAAGCAUCUGGAAUCACCCCAGCCUCCCCGGUCAUAAGAAGGUCCAGCGAGCCCCAGCUGUGCCAUGGGAACAGCAGCAAACCUCUCGCAGACCCUGCCCACAGCUCCCACUCUACUCCCUGCCACGGGUACGCCCGAGCCUCCCCCUCUCCCUCGGUGAGCAGCUACAGCGACCCGGACACGGGGCACUACUGCCAGCUGCACCCCAGCUCGCCCCUCAGCAGGGACAGGCCGGCCCACGACACCAGGCAGCCGCCAGCAAAGAGCUACGUGGAGAGGCUAAAGGUGGAGGAAGGACAGAGAGGGACUGUGGAGAACAGCUCUGGAGAAGCAGAGGCAGGGCAGAGGCUGAAAGCAGAGCUGGACUUCAAGGGCUUUGUGCCCCCCACCAUGGAAACAACCUCCUCCUUCAACCCUGCUGCCUUCCAGUCCCUGCUCAUCCCCCUAGAUAACAAACCUCUGGAGAUGACUGUGCUAAAGAAGGUCAAAGAGCUGCUGGCAGAGGUGGACGUGAAGACACUGGCCAAACACAUCACCAAAGUGGAUUGCCUGGUGGCCCGGAUAUUGGGUGUGACAGUGGAGAUGCAGCGGCUCAUGGGGGUGAGCUCUGGCAUGGAGCUGCUCACCCUUCCCCACGGCCACCAGCUCCGCCUGGACCUGCUGGAACGGUUUCACACCAUGUCCAUCAUGAUCGCUGUGGACAUCCUGGGCUGCACAGGCAGCACGGAGGAGAGGGCAGCCCUGCUCCACAAAACCAUCCAGCUGGCUGCCGAGCUGAAGAGCACCAUGGGGAACAUGUUCAGCUUUGCAGCUGUAAUGAGCGCCCUGGAAAUGACACAGAUUGCCCGGCUGGAGCAGACCUGGAUGGUGCUGAGGCAGCGGCACACCGAGGGUGCAAUCCUCUAUGAGAAGAAGCUUAAGCCAUUCCUGAAGAGCCUGAAUGAAGGGAAAGAAGGACCACCGCUGACCAACACCACCUUUCCCCACAUCAUACCCCUCGUGACCCUGCUGGAGAGGGAUGAGGCUCUCACAGAAAGCCCCGAGCCCUGGGAGGCCACUGACAGCGGCGUGGAGGUGGUCAUGGCCCACCUGGAGGCAGCACGGAUGGUGGCCCACCAUGGUGGCCUCUACCACACCAACGCCGAGGUGAAGCUGCAGGGUUUCCAGGGCAAAGCGGAGCUGCUGGAAGUGUUCAGCACCGAGUUCCAGCUGCGGCUGCUGUGGGGCAGCCGUGGGGCUGAGAGCAGCCAGGCUGAGCGCUACGAGAAGUUCGACAAGGUGCUCACUGCCCUGUCCCACAAGCUGGAGCCAGCAGUGCGCUUCAGCGAGCUGUGAACCCCCCCAGCUCCCAGCCUGCAGCCCACCAGUGGCUCUGGGCAGGGAAUGGACCAGGCACCCAGCACCAGGAGGAGGAGAGAUGGCCCAGAAAGGCACAGGCGUGGGUUGGCAGUUUUGAGACAAAGAGGAGGAAAAGCAGCCAUCUCAAAUCUACACCCAUCUCUUCAGGACACAACAAGCCAGGGGUCCU